UAUUUUCUGAUCAUUGUCAAUAUCGUUUGUAAAAAUAGAACAAUUAGAAUAAAAAAUAAAAAAAUUGUUUAAACACGUACAGAACAUCGUAGAAUGCACGAAGAGGGAAGGGAAUUUAAUAAAUUUUCUCAAUACAUGUACGAUAAUCCUAAAUUAAAGCAAGAGUACUCAUUGUUUUGCUCUCAAAACCCAAUGAAGAUGAACAGACACAAAUUUGACGAUCAUGAUGCUGGAUAUCUUUCCAAGCAUAAUCGUGAAGAAAUGCUAAUGAAAUCCAAGAUGUUGGAUCCUAACAGUCAUGAAGACAAUCUUAGAAGACUUCAAAUGGAAAGAGCAAUGACCAGUGGUGGUGAUGCCGACCGUUUCUUAUGUGAUAAUCGUUUCCAUUCAAGCUAUUAUAAAGACCCUUCUAAUAAUUUUGUUCCUUGGACUAAAAACCGUUACUGUGCAAAUGAUUCCGCUUACGAAACACACGCUCCUCUUUCGUCAUGCCAAUGCCAUGUUACCAAUGCCUGUGUCACACAACCUACUGAAAUUAAAGCGGGUGACAAACACAAAACACAUGAAACUGGAUCAACUAUUGGUGGAAUAUGCAUUGGUUCUGAGGGCAGCGAGAAAAGUCGAAUGUCGCCGAAAACGGUUAUUAGUCGCCGAAGUUCACACGACCUUAAAAAAUUCGUCAGAUCACAGUGUAAACUAGAAGAAGAUAUUGCUGAGACUCUAAAGAAGUUUGAUGCUAUACAAACCGAUGCCGAAAACUGUGAGCAAAGUAAUAAAUCAACCGUUAACGUUACAAAACCUUCGGCACAAUGUGAGCAUUGCACAACUCUUGGUGAUGAUAACGAAAACGUGUCAAUAUCUCAACAACAGUUUCCCAAUAAUCCUGCACAAGACGCAUUCACCAUUACUGCCGAUGAAAUUGUGAACUCCAAAGUCAUUAAUCCCAUGAUACGAAAGUUAAGACGCAUGUGUAUGAACAGUCUUAGGGAAGAAAUGUCUCUCAUGGAGGAUUUGGAACGUUUGCCACACAGUAUUAAUGAGUUGUACAAGGCGGCAGUAUUCCAUCAAAAUAAAUAA